AUGCGUUAUACUAUCCUCGCCUUCGCUAUCGGCGCCACUGCCGCUCCCCUCACCGGUUAUCCUUCUGCAGUCUGCCCCCCUGGGCUAUACAGCACCCCUCAAUGCUGUGCCACUGAUAUCCUUGGUGCCGCCGCCUUGAACUGCAAAGCUCCGGCCACCACUCCCACUAGCACGAAUCAACUCAUCAGCGGAUGCGCGGCUACGGGUCAGCAAGCCAAGUGCUGCGUCAUCCCAGUUGCGGGCCAGGCUCUUCUUUGCCAGGAUGUUAGCCCCGGUGCUAACGGAGGCAACAAUGCUGGUGCUAACGGAAGCAACAAUGGCGGUGCUAACGGAAGCAACAACGGCGGUGCUAACGGAGGCAACAAUGGCUGGUGCUAA